AUGGCCGGAAAUCACACACAGAUUGAAUUCAUCCUGUUGGGAAUCACAGACAGACCAUGUGCACAAACUCCUCUUUUUGUCUUGUUUCUGUUGAUUUACAUUGUCACUCUGGUGGGAAACGUUGGCAUUAUCUCAUUGGUUCGGGUGUCUCCCAUCCUCCACACCCCCAUGUACUUCUUCCUCACCCAUUUUGCCUUCACUGACAUCUGCUAUUCCACAGUCAUCUCCCCCAGGAUGCUGGCAGACCUCUUAUCAGAGGACAAAACCAUUUCUUUCACUGCCUGCAUGAUGCAGUUCUUCACCUUUGUUUUCUUUGGCAGUGCCGAGUGUCACCUGCUGGCCAUGAUGGCCUACGACCGGCACGUUGCCAUCUGCCAGCCCCUGCUCUAUGUGACCAUCAUCUCCAGCCGUGUCUGCUGGCAGCUGGUAGCAUCAUCCUACCUAUUUGCCUUCCUCAGUGCCAUUAUCUGCACAUUGUACACAUUUGGAGGUUCCUUCUGUGGUUCCAACCACAUCAACCAUUUCUUUUGUGAUGUUGUCCCUGUGCUAAAACUUGUGUGCCCUGAUAACCACAGCAGUGAGAUGCUCAUCUUUGCCUUUCUUACCAUCAAUGUGGUGGGCACAAGCGUGGUCAUUUUUCUCUCCUACAUCUCUAUCAUUCGCACAGUGCUGAGGAUGUGCUCAGCAGAGAGCAGGGCCAGAGCCUUCCACACGUGUGGCUCUCAUUUGAUGGCUCUUUCCUUGUUCUUUGGAACAGCAUUCUUCAUGUACCUACAACCUCCAUCUAGACACAGGAGUCUGGAUAAGGUGGCUUCCAUCAUCUACACCGUGGUCACCCCCAUGCUCAACCCAUUCAUCUACAGCCUGAGGAACAAGGAGGUGAAGGGGGCUCUGGUCAAGAUCAGGAGGAGGUUCUUAAACCACUGGCAACACGGAAAGGUUGUAUCAUCCAGGACAUGA